AUGGCGAAUGCAUCACAGGCCCUUAUAAAGUUUGAGUGGUUUUGGAAAUCAAAUGAUGAUCCCUGGUCUUCUUCAGAACCCGAGGAGUGGUCUCGAUUCUCCGACGUUGAGAUGGCCAUCAUCGAAGAGGCUCUUCAAAAGAAACUUCCCGAUGUUUUACUCGAUAGCUACCAUAUUAAUUUCAAACACAUGGUUCAAAUUUCUAAUAAGAAUGAGAACAACCAACGACCUGUGAAGAGAGUAGUCAACGAACGAAAAGAAUCGAGACUAAGAGAAGCACGCUUUAUGCCUAACCCAGUCAAUCCGUCGCGGCCUUUCUCAGACUGGGAUUCAUCUUCUUCGUUUAACUUCAUGGUUGCAGUUCAGAAGUAUUUUGAUCUUGAACACCGUAGAGGGCUUCACGAUGCAGAAGUGCGUCAAUGGUUUGUGGACAAAGCAGCCGAAGGUUUCAUCAUGGAAGGCAAACGGGUGAGCAAGACGAAAGAAGCAAACUGGAUGGCUAAAGAACUGCUUAAAACCAAAUACGCAGAUCAAGUACAGGUAUGGAAUUGUUGCGUUCGGCUCUACUGUAUGGAGUCAUUCUUAUAUAAGAAAUUAAACGAAGCGAUGCGGCUAAGUGGAGAUGAAGAACAUGAAGAACUUUUAAUGAGCCGAGUGCCCACAUUUGGUCCUUUUGUAUAUCUCCUUCAACGUCUGGAACACGAUCAUGAAGGAAAGGAUCAGACUGUGUAUAGAGGAGCGAACUUAUCAGAAGACCAAAUCGAACAAUAUCGUCAACUGUCUCUUGAUCCAUACAAUAUUGCUUACUUUCCUGCGUUCACAUCAACAAGUAGAAAUCGCAAGAAAGCUGAAGAAUUCGGAAACGUUCUUUUUAUUAUCGAUAUUUUUGAGAAGGAUGGCGAAGAUGUGUCACUUUAUUCAAACUAUCCAAGCGAAGAAGAGCAACUGCUGGAUCCACGCUUUCGUUUCUCUGUUCAUUCAUGCAUUUUCGAUGAAAUUGACAACAAAUGGGAGAUUUAUCUAACAAAAUAG